UCUCAACAUUUUCCUACAUUGUCAAGCCCGCUAACAAGAUUUUGGGUUGAUAAAUUAUAAAUAGCAUAGUCAAGAGGCUACAAAGUGCAAAAAAGCAAAAAAUAACGUUAAGAGGGAUCACGAUGAUACAUGACAGUGUAAGAAUAGACUGUCACAAUCGAUCCCCCCACACCACAACCGCAUCUUUAACCUUGGCAACUCCUAUCCAAACCCUCAACCUCCCCUCUCGCAGAACAUUCGCAUUAAUCACAUGCCAAGUCCCCUUUCUCUCACCCCUACUCCCGCACAGCCCCCUUUUCCCAUCCUCUCCUCACUUUCCGCGACACGGCACCCCAACGGCACAAAAAAACCACCCACCUACUACAUACCUACGUACAUGGCUUGUAAGUACCUACCCAACCUCCCCGCCCCACAAGCAACUAUCCCGAACCUACACACGCACAACCCGGGGGGUAACGGAACCCAACCCACGCGUUCCCCCCUUCCCCUUCCCCGAACACGAACGGUCCUCGAAACCGUUCAGCGACGUGGGGCGGGUCGCGUAAACCAACAAAAAAAAAGCCACAAUACUACAUGUCGGUAACAACGCACCGCAACCGCCUGCGCAUGCGCCUGCGUGAUCGCGAGUGUGCGCGAGUUGUUCGCUCAAGAAAGAGCGGCCCAUGAUUACGGCCGAAUCCGUCACAUACGGCUUUUAGCAACUUGCACACGACGCAAAACCUGCCACGUUAUCUUUUGUCGUGAUGUUGAAACAGGAAAAACAGGUGAUGCGAUUAUUAUCACUACAUUAUAUGGGCAAGGAGUUUG